AUGGAGAAUCCAACUACUACUGCUACAACCACUAUCACUGCUGCUGUCACUGCUGCUCCAACCAACAUGGCUACGACUGCGACAACUGCGACAACUGCGACAGCUGCUGCUCCUCUUUCUACUCCUCCUCAUCACAACCGUGUGGAAUACGCCAAAGCGUCUGCCCCUUGGACCCGACCGCAAGCCGAAAUGGAAGAAAAUGCGACGUGUCUCAUGCAAUCUUCCACGGUCGUCUUGUCAAGACCAUCCUCGCCAUUGUCCCACCACCAUCAUCACCAACCAACGACCGCUGGAACAUUCUUGGAACCAGGAGCCGUUCGAAUGGCCGGUCCCAACAGUCCCAAGAAUGAACCAGCAUCCAAAUUGGAUUUGGUCCAAGUGGCUCGACAAGUUGCCAAUAAUAAGGACGAGAAGAAAUUGAUGCUCCAGAAUGAUCAUGAUGAUCAUAAUGAUCAUAAUAACAACAACAAUAACAACAACAACAGCAGCACCAGCAGCACCAUUCUGCCCGAAACAAACAGCGGCAUUGUUUCGGUAAUGGGUGGAGACAUCUCGGAAGGAGGAGAUCCAGGAGACUGGGAUACCGAAACGGGAACUUUGGAAAUGUUGGCACAACUCAAAAAGAGGAGCAGCCUCCGCAAUUUGAAAGUGGGGGUGAAUGAUGGUACUACUACUAGUACUGCCACUAAUGAUGAUGAUGAUGACAUGGUGCUGGUGGAGGACGAUCAACAAGGACAGCAAGGAGAACAAGACGUCAUUUCAACAGAUUGUCACUGGUCCAACAAUAAUAACAACAACAACAACAACAAUAAUAAUGAUAACAAGAAUCCACAAGAAAAAGAAGGAAAGGAGGUGGAGGACGAUGAUUUUGUCAUUCUCCAAGACAAGCAGCAGCAAGAAGAAGAAGAGCAAGGGCAUCGUCCACAACGACCAUCCUACGCAUGUUCCACAGCCCCUUGGGUCCGACCCACGGGAGAACGACAAAUCAGUUCCGAGUUUGGAGAGAAUCAUGUCACUCCCGGAGCCUUUCGGGUGUCCAAACUACCAGUCAACAACAACAACAACAACAACAAUGCCAACAAUAAUAACAAUGCCAUGGACGACAAGGAGGACCACCACGACAACAACAUGAAGAGGUGCGACUUGCUGUCUGUACCAGAUGGCACCAUGGAACUGGAAGAGAAUGCGGACAUUGUCUUUGAUAAGGAUGAUGUGGAUGACAUUCUCACACCUGCCGUGACUGAAACGAGUAGUACUACCGACGACGACGUGUUUGGUGUGGAAGAACUGGAAUCCAACAAGAUAAUGCUGGAGCAACUCAAACGACGAAAGGAACGAAAGGAGCACCAAGUAGAGAACUAG